UCACCGGUCGGUUUAAAUCUGUCUUUUCCACCAAGUUUUGAAUCUGUUUACAAAUCUUCCACGUGUUUGUUUUUUUUAACGAAAUGGGUGAUAUAGAAGCGAAAGUUCGUGAAAAUUUAUACCGGCUGAUUGUCAGCCAGCUGUUUUAUGAUGGUCAUCAAACAAUUGCAUCCAGCCUUGCUAACGUCCGAUGUUACCCAGCCUGUCCACCCUCGGACCGUUUGAUGAAAUUGUUACAGAUUGGACUUAAAACUGAAGAAGCCCAGAACCCACAGCAGCAGGUUCCCACAGAAGCUGUCACACCUGGCACUGGUAUAGACCUGGAAUAUGAAACAGAUGUUCAGACCAUCUCUCCCGAAGCUGCUCUCUACGAGACUUGUUAUGUCACUGCUCACAAGGCUGCAUGCCGUGCUGGUGCUUUCCACCAUUCUGGUCAACUGAUAGCCACAGGAUCAGAGGACGCUUCCAUUAAGAUUUUGGAUGUGGAGAGGAUGCUGGCCAAAAGUGCCACACCUGCUGAGAUCAUUGCUAUGGAAACACCACAACAAACCAUGGAAAACCAUCCCGUGAUUCGAACCCUCUACGACCAUAACUCUGAAGUGACGUCCCUGGACUUUCACCCAUUCCAUCAGAUCCUCGUCUCCGGCAGCAAAGAUUUCAGUGUAAAAUUCUUUGAAUUUUCAAAACCCUCCGUGAAAAAAGCUUACAAAAGUAUCCAGGAAUCAGCCCCAGUUCGCUGUUUGUCAUUCCACCCGUCCGGAGAGUAUAUAUUGGUUGGAACGCAACAUCCUGUGCUACGACUGUAUGACGUCAAUACAUUCCAGUGCUUCGUCUCGGGCAAUCCAGCUGACCAACAUGUUGGACCAGUGACAUCGGUGAGAUGGAGUCCCAACGCUCACCUGUACGUGACCAGUUCUAAAGAUGGGGACCUCAAACUGUGGGAUGGCGUCAGUAAUAAAUGCAUCAACACAUUCAAGCAUGCCCAUGAGGGCCAGGAAGUGUGUUCAGCUGUGUUCUCCAGGAAUUCUAAGUAUAUCUUGUCAAGUGGUAAAGACUCCUUGGUCCGGCUGUGGGAAUUGUCUACGAAUCGAUGCCUCAUCAUUUACACUGGAGCUGGGGCCACUGGUAAGAUGGAGCAUCGAAGUCAGACAGUUUUUAAUCACACAGAAGACUACGUAUUAUUCCCAGAUGAGAAAACAACCAGUUUGUGUUGUUGGGACUCCCGAAAUGCUGAGCGGCAACGCUUGUUAUCUCUAGGCCACAACAAUGUCGUUCGGACCAUCGUCCAUUCUCCAACCGGUCCGGCUUUCCUGACCUGCAGUGAUGACUUCCGAGCUAGGUUCUGGUACCGAAAGGCAAACAGUGACUGAAGUUGCUCCAGACUGACUCAUAUUGGGCCUCAUUUUACCACCGCUACAAACCCACUGGGGUUUCUUAUUUUGUUGGCAGCUGAUGGGGCAAAAACACUCCCAUCCCUUAUCCUUUGAUCAACAUCAUUCUGACUUUCCAACAUGACUUUGCUUUUUAUGUUUUCAUUCAUCUUAUUCCAACUCUCCAAACAUUGUUUUCACACCAUGGGUCCAAAGGAGUAAAAUUUGUUGACCCCUUUCUUGUCAGCUUCAGGAUAUUUGCUGACUUUCCUUGACUGAGCUAAGACUAUAACAUGUCCCUUAAUUUUCAUUGUCUUCAUUAUCAGCAGGUCCUAGGGGGUAAAAUUCACCCCUAGGCAUUAACAUGUCCCUUAAUUAUCAUUGUCUUCAUUAUCAGCAGGUCCUUGGGGGUAAAAUUAUCCCCUAGGCAUUAACAUGUCCCUUAAUUUUGUCUUCAUUAUCAGCAGGUCCUAGGGGGUAAAAUUCCCCCCUAGGCAUUAACAUGUCCCUUAAUUUUCAUUGUCUUCAUUAUCAGCAGGUCCUAGGGGGUAAAAUUCCCCCCUAGGCAUUAACAUGUCCCUUUAUUUUGUCUUCAUUAUCAGCAGGUCCUAAGGGGUAAAAUUCCCCUCUAGGCAUUAACAUGUCCCUUAAUUUUGUCUUCAUUAUCAGCAGGUCCUAGGGGGUAAAAUUUUCCCCUAGGCAUUAACAUGUCCCUUGAUUUUCAUUGUCUUCAUUAUCAGCAGGUCCUAGGGGGUAAAAUCCCCCUCCACCGGCACCCCUCUUUUCAGUUUUGUUUUCAUUAUCUGGUUUAACAUCCAUUGGUCCUACAAGUAAAAUUUGUUGAUCCCCACCUGUUAUCAGUUUCAGGAUAUUUGCUGACCUUACUCUGACUGGGGUAGUACGUUAACCCAUCCCUCAAGUUUCAUUGGCCUCAAUAUCUGGGUUAACAUUGAUGUAUCCUUGUAACACCCUUUUUUGUGUUAGGAUCAACACUGACCUACUUCUGUCUCCCAUUCAUCAGACCAACAUUGACCACCCAUUAACACCUAAUUCUCUCUCUUUCCUAGCUGGUCAAAGAAGCCCAUCUUUCCAGACGUCCAUGUUGCUUCAUUCACACCAUUUCUCAAACUGGUUCACACUACGUAAAUCCAAAAUAGAAUUUCACAUUAUAAAACAACAAAACACUCAUUUUGAACUGGGCAAAACUGCACUGCCCCCGCAUGGUCCUUAACAUGUCUGAGCUGGUACUAUUGAAAAAAAAUGAAG